AUGGACGACGAUGACUUUGGAGGGUUUGAGGCUGCAGAGAGUUACGAGUUUGGAGAUGGUGAGAAGCAGACGACAUCCCCUGCUAUUGCCUGGGCAGCGUUUCCCACAGUAUCUGAAGUCCAUAUGUCUCCUGAUGUUCUUCUGGAGCACUCUGUGCCUUCUGCCUCCUUGGUUCCUUCUGACUCAUUCAGUGUAUCAAGUGAUAACGUGGCUAAAGCUCUCCAGAAGGCCAGCAGUGCUACAAACCCAGCAGCUGUGGAAGAACAGAUUCCAGCAGAUAUUGGAGUUACCUCUCUGAAUGCAGCUGAGGACAAGACUUCAGGUACACCCAGCAUAGCUUUGGUUGAUGCUGAAACACAGAGAACAAGUGAACCAAAGAGCUCUCUCCAACAGCCUGGUGCAAACCCAGAAAUCAAGCUGUGCUCUGCUGAAGAAGAAAAGCUAAAAAUCAAGAAGGAGUUGGAACACUUACUGGAUAAACACAGUGUUCUGGAAAUGGAUUUCUUGAAGGAAAAAAAACAAAGAGUAACUUCACAUCAAGAGCAUCACAGGACACUCCAGGAAAAGCAUAAGCAGGAGUUAGAAGACAUGAGGAAAGCUGGACAUGAAGCCUUGAGUAUGAUUGUGGAAGAAUUCAAGGCGCUGCUGCAGUCCACAGUGGAGCAGCAAGAAGCAGCUCUUGCCAAGCAGUAUCUGCUGGCCAUUGAAAAGCAUUCUCAGAAGUGUGAAGAACUUCUCACUGCUCAGCAUCGGCGACUUCUUGACAUCUUGGAAGCUGAGAAGGAAGUGCUGUCAGAAAAGAUAGAGGAGGCUUUGCUGCAGCAGUCACAAAGGCACAAGGAAUUGCUUGACAAGUGCUUGGAUGAAGAACGACAAAGAAGCAAGGAGGCCAUGGCAGCUGCUGCAAAGGCUGAAAAAGAAGCAAUGCAGGAAGCUGUCCUGAAAGCAGUAGAAGAGGAGAGGAGAAAUAUGGAGAAAAUUCACGCAGAAGAAAGAAAAUCCUGGGAAGCAGAACGUGAUAGACAUAAAGAGAAGAUUGCCCAGGCUGUUUGGGAAGCCAUGCAGGAGCAGAGAAAGCAUAACCAGGAGAUUGUCAAGGAGGCCUUAAUGGAGGAGCGAAAACAAAGCGAGAAGGCAAUUGAAGAAGCAGUGAAAAGGACAAGAGAGGAACUGAUGGAGUAUAUUGAAGAGCAGAAAAGGCUUGACCAAGUUGUCCGCCAGAGAAAUUUGCACAGCUUGGAACUUUUCCUCUCCUGUGCUCAGAAGCAGUUAAGUGUUUUGCUGAAGGAGGAGCCAAGCGCUGCAGAGGGAAGCAGAGACUGA